CGGCGGCGCCUCCAGUCCCCGCAGCCAACCGCGCGCAGCGCAGCUCGGGAGCGGGACGCGGCGCUCGAAGCCCCGGCAGCGCCCGCCCUCUCUUCCGUGUUGCCUGCCCGCGCGCCAGCGCCCGCUCCGCCCGUGACUUCACUUCGGCUCCACCCCCGCGUGGCGGCGGCUCGCUCCGUCCGAACCCGCGCUCGGCACCAGCCCAGCCCGGGCAAGCGGCCGCCACCUGCCCCGAACCGCCUCUGCCCGCCCCCACCGCGGCCCAACUUGGAUGGAGUUGGGGUCCUGAGCUCCUGCUCCUCGUAGCCGGCCAGCGGAGAGCCCCGCGCCGCCACCUCCGGUCCGGGACCCCCUCUCAGCUCCUCUCCGCUCCCGCAAUGGGAAAAGUUGGCGCCGGCGGCGGCUCCCCAGCCGGGCUGAGCGCGCUCCUCGCCGGCGCGGGGCUCUUAGUCCUCUGCGCCCCGGGCGCCUGCGGCGGCGGCUCCUGCGGUCCCCCGCUGCACCCCAGCUCGGCCCCACGCUGGGCUCCGACCCGAGGGGGGCUUAGUCACCUGCGGCCGCGAGGCAGGGCUCCUGCCACGCCCCUGCUCGGACGCCCCCUGUUUGCAGUGGCCGCCGGAGACCGAGCGCUGUCCCUGGAGCGGGCCCCGGGAACUGGGGCGUCGGUGGCGAUUGCUCCACGCUCUGACCGGAGGAGACGGAGUGGAGAGGAUCAAGAGAAGGCAGAACGGGGAGAGGGCACGAGAAGACGCCCCCGGGGAGUGCUAAGGGACAGAGGGCAGCAGGAGCCUGGGACUCUGGAGCGGGACCCGGACAAAGCCACUCGUUUCCGGCUGGAGGAGCUGAAACUGACCAGCACUACGUUCGCGCUGACAGGAGACUCAGCACACAACCAAGCCAUGGUCCACUGGUCUGGCCACAACAGCAGCGUGAUUCUCAUUUUGACAAAGCUCUAUGACUAUAACCUGGGGAGCAUCACGGAGAGCUCGCUUUGGAGGUCAACCGAUUAUGGGACAACCUAUGAGAAGCUGAAUGAUAAAGUUGGGUUGAAAACAAUUUUAAGCUAUCUCUACGUGUGUCCUACCAACAAGCGUAAGAUUAUGUUGCUCACAGACCCGGAGAUUGAGAGCAGUUUACUGAUCAGCUCGGACGAAGGGGCAACCUAUCAAAAGUACCGGCUGAACUUUUACAUCCAGAGCUUACUUUUCCACCCCAAGCAAGAGGACUGGAUUCUGGCUUACAGCCAAGACCAAAAGUUAUACAGUUCUGCUGAAUUUGGGAGAAGGUGGCAGCUUAUCCAGGAAGGGGUCAUACCGAACAGGUUCUACUGGUCUGUGAUGGGGUCGAACAAGGAACCAGAUCUUGUGCAUCUCGAGGCCAGAACUGUGGAUGGUCAUUCACAAUACCUAACCUGCGGAAUGCAGAACUGCACAGAGGCCAGCAGAAACAAACCUUUCCCAGGCUACAUUGACCCAGACUCUUUGAUUGUCCAGGAUGAUUAUGUGUUUGUUCAGCUGACAUCAGGAGGACGGCCACACUACUACGUUUCCUACCGAAGGAAUGCGUUUGCCCAAAUGAAGCUGCCCAAAUAUGCUUUGCCCAAGGACAUGCAUGUCAUCAGCACUGAUGAGAACCAAGUGUUCGCAGCGGUCCAAGAAUGGAACCAAAACGACACAUACAACCUCUACAUCUCAGACACCCGUGGUGUCUACUUCACUCUGGCCUUGGAGAAUGUCCAGAGCAGCAGAGGCCCCGAGGGCAACGUCAUGAUCGACCUCUAUGAGGUAGCAGGGAUAAAGGGAAUGUUCUUGGCUAACAAGAAGAUUGACAACCAAGUGAAGACUUUCAUCACGUACAACAAAGGCAGAGACUGGCAUUUGCUGCAGGCCCCGGACACGGACCUUAGGGGGGACCCUGUGCACUGCUUGCUGCCCUAUUGCUCACUACACCUUCACCUUAAGGUCUCUGAGAAUCCCUACACAUCAGGGAUCAUUGCCAGCCGAGACACAGCUCCCAGCAUCAUAGUGGCUUCAGGAAACAUAGGUUCUGAGCUGUCAGACAGCGACAUCAGCAUGUUUGUCUCUUCAGAUGCAGGGAACACUUGGAGGCAGAUCUUUGAAGAAGAGCACAGUGUUUUGUAUCUGGAUCAAGGUGGAGUCCUGGUUGCUAUGAAGCAUACGUCUCUCCCGAUUCGACAUCUCUGGUUAAGUUUUGAUGAAGGGAGAUCUUGGAGCAAAUACAGUUUCACAUCUAUUCCACUUUUUGUGGAUGGAGUUCUGGGUGAGCCUGGGGAAGAGACUCUAAUCAUGACAGUGUUUGGACACUUCAGCCACCGCUCUGAAUGGCAGCUGGUCAAAGUGGACUACAAGUCCAUUUUCGAUAGACGCUGUGCUGAGGAAGACUACAGACCCUGGCAGCUGCACAGCCAGGGGGAAGCAUGCAUCAUGGGAGCGAAAAGGAUAUAUAAGAAGAGAAAAUCAGAGCGGAAAUGUAUGCAAGGGAAAUAUGCAGGAGCUAUGGAGUCUGAACCCUGUGUCUGCACAGAGGCUGAUUUUGACUGUGACUAUGGUUAUGAGCGACACAGCAGUGGUCAGUGCCUGCCAGCCUUUUGGUUCAAUCCAUCUUCUCUGUCGAAGGACUGCAGCUUGGGACAGAGUUACCUCAAUAGUACUGGGUAUAGAAAGGUGGUUUCCAAUAACUGCACUGAUGGGGUGAGAGAACAGUACACGGCCAAACCACAGAAGUGCCCAGGGAAGGCCCCGCGGGGGCUCCGGAUCGUCACCGCUGAUGGAAAGCUGACAGCGGAACAAGGGCACAAUGUUACUCUCGUGGUGCAGCUGGAAGAGGGUGACGUCCAGAGGACAUUCAUCCAAGUGGACUUCGGGGAUGGCAUCGCAGUGUCUUAUGUCAACCUCAGCUCCAUGGAAGAUGGGAUCAAACACGUCUAUCACAAUGUGGGCAUUUUCCGAGUGACCGUGCAGGUGGACAACAGUCUGGGGUCUGACAGCGCCGUCCUGUACUUACAUGUAACUUGUCCCCUGGAGCAUGUACACCUGUCUCUUCCCUUCGUCACCACGAAGAACAAAGAGGUCAACGCGACUGCGGUGUUGUGGCCCAGCCAAGUGGGCACGCUCACUUACGUGUGGUGGUACGGAAAUAACACCGAGCCCCUGAUCACCUUGGAGGGAAGCAUAUCAUUCAAGUUUACUUCUGAAGGGAUGAACACCAUCACAGUGCAAGUCUCAGCUGGGAAUGCCAUCCUGCAGGACACGAAGACCAUCGCAGUGUACGAGGAAUUCCGAUCUCUUCGCCUGUCCUUUUCUCCAAACCUGGACGACUACAACCCGGACAUCCCUGAGUGGAGGAGAGACAUCAGCCGAGUCAUCAAAAAGUCCCUGGUGGAGGCCACCGCGGUUCCGGGCCAGCACAUCUUGGUGGCGGUGCUCCCUGGCUUACCCACCGCUGCCGAGCUCUUUGUCUUGCCCUAUCAGGAUCCCACAGGAGAAAACAAAAGGUCAACCGAGGACCUGGAGCAGAUAUCAGAACUGCUGAUUCACAAGCUCAACCUGAACUCCGUGCACUUUGAGCUGAAGCCUGGAGUCCAAGUCCUUGUCCACGCGGCUCACUUAACAGCAGCCCCGCUGGUGGACCUCACUCCAACCCAUAGUGGCUCCGCCAUGCUGAUGCUGCUGUCCGUGGUGUUUGUGGGGCUGGCGGUGUUCGUCAUCUACAAGUUCAAAAGGAGAGUAGCUUUACCCUCCCCUUCCUCCCCUUCUACUCAACCUGGUGACUCAUCUCUCCGAUUGCAAAGAGCAAGACACGCCACUCCACCUUCAACGCCAAAGCGGGGAUCUGCUGGGGCUCAAUUUGCCAUUUAAGGAAAACCCCCAAAGGCUACAGGCGACCUGCUGAUCAGGAAAGAAUUUCGCUCUUGUCAAGUGCAUCCUUCUCCAUGACCACUAACUUUGUGUUUUUUUUCUUUGUUGUUCUGUUUCCUAUUUUGCCAGGAAGUAUUUCCAUAGUUGCUGAGAAUCAAAGCACAAAAGAAAUCCCUACCUAUGUAAAUGUUUGACUGGAGGACGCCAGUAAAAACAAAAACAAACAAAUAAAAUAAAAACAAUCAAAAUCUAAACAAACAAACAAACAAACACUCACUGCAUCGGGACUUUUUAAUUCUUCAGACACAGACAACAAGGGUUUUUAGCUUUAAGCCUGUGCAUGUGGACAGUACCUUGAGAACAUGCUUGGAGGGGCAGUGUACAGGUGCUCUAUUUUAAUGGAAAAAACACUCCCCUCCCCCUUUCUUCUCCUCUCUCCUUUUUCUGAUUGGUUGUGUUUGUAGAAAAUUCCUAACAUAUAUAGGCCAAGGAAAUCUGCAUGUAUUUUUGGAAAUAUUCUUGGCUCUAGACUUAACAGCUAUUUUAGCUCUACAGGCUGAUGGGUGGAUUAGCUACCCCAGCCCUUUUCGCAAGAUACAAAGACAUGCACAGGAGUUUGAAACCCUGGGCUGUUUCUCUGUUCCACUUUACUUGUUGCCAUUUUCCCCUUCUAAGUUAUCUUCGGGAGCUCUGUUGGCCGGCAGGGGCCACAGGUUGCCUUCUCCAUUCUGUACGGCCACAGGGACAAAGAAGCAAGUUCAAGUUCCAUGGAUGCAGGCAGAAUAGGGAAAGAAGGAAGGCAGUCGGGCAGGAGUGUCAAAAGUGGACCUGUGUUUCCUGUUCCCCCCUUCCCAUCACAACAGCUUCCCCUUGUAGCUUUUCCUACUCCUGCCCUGUGUAGAAAACAGAAUCCCAGUUACCCGCAUUCUUACCUUCCCAUUUGUUUGCUCUCCACGUGUGGUCGUGAUCUGUCAAUGUCUUUGUGUCUCUUCCUUCCAGUCCCCAAGUUAUCCUUCAACUGCUCCUGCCUUUUCUUCCCAAACAUGUUGCUAGAUUCUGGGCAUUCAUCCUGAUGUUCUUUAAAUACUAGCCUCGCCUCUGGCAACCCUGCCUCCACCACCCAAAGCUAAUGAUCUCUCUGUCAACUUUGCACACGCCCAUGCAUGCAGCCUACAUACACACUGACCAAGCAGCAUCCUGCCCUGCAGGGUUUAGCUUCAUGUAUUUUUUUUUUUUUUUUUUUUGUAUCCUCUUGUAGACCUGCCUCUUCCAAAUAUCCUUGCCUUUCCCCCCUGGAAACAUAUAAUGUGUGUGAAAGAGUUGAGAUAUGCAAAGCGAUUCAAACCUGGCCCAUGUACCUUAGAAAAGAAAGCAUACAGAUGAAUAGUGGUUUUGUCACACCUUAACAAAAAUCUCCUGCAGUCAGAUUCCAGAAGAUUCUUGUGAGAAAUGUUUUGAACGUGUUACUAUGUGGCAGGGCAAUUUCCUCCUGUGAUGGUUGCUAUUACCCAGUAUUUCCCCUCUCACAGUAGAGUGAAAAUAUUUGUAAAAUGAAACCAAUGUUAAGCAGAAGAAGAAGCAGGUUAAUGGAGUUGAUGUUUGAGUGUCAAAAAGUCUUGAGAUUAUACGGAGGUCUUGUCUUAUAUUAGGAUGGGAUUGUGAUUAUUGUAAGAUGACCCUAGACUUCUUACAUGUGUGCUCUCUGAUCUCUGAGCAUAGUAUCAGCAAAGGAAAAUUUAAUAAGCAUGAAGGGGAGGAGUUAUCAGACUCAAGCAGAUGGGCUCAAAGCAUGAAGAAAUCCCAGUUCUCCCAGGGCCAUCAUGAAAGAAGGUCCAGAGAAAGAGGGAAACAAAAGUAUGUGAAGCAGGAGCCCUUGGAGUAUUAUGGAUUGGAUAAAGCCCACUCUAAAAUGUAGGAGAAAGUGGUUUCCAAAGACCUCUCAGAGUGUAGCCUCCUACUUGGCCAUGUCCCCAGGCCAGCGUCAGGGUAUAGCAGGGCCCUGGGGACAAUGGGGGUGCCCUAAAGAUCCUGACAACCACUGCCCUUGUGUAGCUCAAGCAGGGGAAGAGUGGCAACACUUCAGUCAGAAGUUAAUCAAGCAGAAGAUUUUAUGGCUGGAGAUGCUCAGUAUGAGUCUGGGAAACGGAUUCUGCCUAAGGCAGCCGUCUACUUGUAGAACUCAAAUGAUCCUCAACCUGCCAGGCUUCCUAUCCCAUGGGAAACAUCCUCAUUGAAUCUCUUCAGUUGGAGCCUCCCAAAUUUUAUCUGGAAAACAGAGUGUUUGGAAACCAAAAGAGGCUCACUCACAACAGUACAGGGAGUCCUCAGAGUUGCAGUUCAAUCAUUUUCAUUGUUAAACUAUGAAAAAGGGGAUAACACUCAAUCUAGCACACUGCCUUGCCUAGAGUAGGUAUUAAGAAAGUUAUUUGCUGAAAGAAGAAAUGAAUGAAUACAUGAGAAGACAUAGCAAAGAAGGGCUUGUAAGUCCUAACCUAAAAUAGAGGUGGACAUGAGAUGCCUGGCGUUUUGGAAGGUGAUCAGAGAUGGCUGGUUCUAGAUUCAGCAUCUCCAGGGUCCUCAUGUGCCUCUCCUCAGAGCUCCCUCCCGCCUGUAGGAGACUAGUGAGGCAAAGUACUGCUCAGAGGGGACCUUGUUAUUCUUAUGAUCUAGCUCGUUUCUCAAAGCGUGGUACCCAGACCAGCAGUAUCAGCGUCACCUCGGACUUGUUAGAAACACAGAUUUUGGGUCCCACUGACCCCAGACCUACUGAAUUAGAAACUCCAGGGUUGGGGCCCAGCAAUCUGUUUUUACAAGCUCUUCGGGUGAUUGUGAAAUACACUAAAGUUUGAGAACCACUGUACUAGGCCAUGCCAGCUCAAUCCCGGAGAGAAGGUAGUAAUGAGAAGCUGCCAGUGGGAGGGACCCAAGUGCCUACCUACUCAACAACAGCAGGUGCAGACCCAAUGAGGAGUUUGGUAGGCUUGAGGCCAGAGGAAUGGGUGGGGAGGGAUGGAUGGGGAAGGUAAGAUUCAGGGCAAGCUACAAACCUGAUAUUGCAAUGUUUUCCAAAAUCCCAGAAGGCAAACUGCGUGCUCUACCCUGAACGACCCAACCAACAUUUUCUCCUUUGCCUUAUUUUUAAUUGGAUUCACUGUCCAAAAUGCAGAGGUUUGCUUUGCUUUUUUUCAGAAGUUCCAAACAGCAACUUUGAGAGGAAUGGGGUGCUUGGCAGCUGUGUUUUCCAGGAUUCCAACUGAGCAUUGAAAUUCCCCCAUUUGCCAACUUAUUUUUAUAGGAAGCCAAUUUAAAAAAAAAAAAAAAAAAAAAAAAGUUUUCUUAUAGUAUUGAACUACUUCUAAUUUUAAAAUGACUUUUUUGAUGUAUUUUUUGUUAAAUACUAUGUAGUGUAAUGUAUAAUUGCUCUUGUUUAUUGCUUUUACAGUCAUAUUUAUUAAACAGGUAAUGUCUCUGAA